AUGACAAUUUCAGCACAAGCCACGGAAGGAGCCCCCUUGGCCAACACCGACCAAGGCAGUCGCAAUGAGUGCAUACCCUUAGUAGUCACUCUGCCACAACUGGCCGAGUUCCUCAAAUCGAAUGCUUCUGGUUAGUUUCGGCCUUUGCAAACCCAACUAAUAUCUUGCUUCCACCAGAUCCGUUAGACCCCUUCUCACUUGACCACCUCCGUGUGCGUGCCGGCUUCGAUGAUAUUAAAGCUCGCGCCAAAGUAUGUUCAUCUGAUUUGCCGUCUCUAGAGUUAAUCUUUCCUGUAAAAAUAACAUUUCUGAGCCCAGAAUUCUGGGACUUAUCUGCGCCAUUACUAAGAUUUCUGGACCAUGUUUUUGUCCAUUUUUUUCUGACGCAAAACCAUUUAAGCCUGUCGUCUACAUUAUCGGGGUCCUUGAACGUAAACAAGCUUAUAACCAUGCUGCACAGUCUUUCUAAGAGGGACGACUCUCUUUCUGUUCAGUGUUCUAACAAUCCCAUUUUCUGGGCCUUUCUGCGGCAUUUUCCCGGUUAUCUAGACAGCUGAAGUAAUUUGUUCGCUGCUUCUUUGUCGUAAAAUGACGGCACAAUAUGACGCGAGGCUCAAACCGCUGCAUAUGCAGUCACUCCUCGUUUAAAAGCAAACCAGGAGUGGUUGAGGUUAUGCAACUAAGGAAACUAACAUGAGGACUAUGUAAUCUCAUUAUUAGUUCCUGACCGACGGUCUGAAGGAUUUCGCGUUCCUCAGACAGAUCACACUAAAUGGCCCUGUAGGACACAAGCUGUCUCGUUUGCCAUUGUCUUCAUCAUUUUUUGAUUCAGUCUCACUAUCUGAAGUCCGCAAGAACGGUCCUGGCGCUCUGAGUCCAUCUCAGAGAACCGCCUCCAUUGCCCGAGAGGGUAGACAAGGCAAAGCUCUGUAGCCACGUUAAUUGAAUCACUGUCACCGGAAAGACUUCAGCCAGUACUCAUGCAAACGAAUGUGUUCCAGCUUACUGCGACGAGUGCGAGUGCUCCACCGUCGACAUUAUUGUCAGGAAAAUUGUAUUCCCUCAGCAGUCCCGCCUAACUAUUCGAAAAAAUACAGUUAUGUCCGUGGCAUCCCAUGGCUAUAAACAUGUCAAAUUAAGGCAAAAUCUCGCCUCGGAUCCUGACUGAGUUGACGACAUCGUCUUGCCUGGUCAUUCCGUCGACUCACCGCAGUCCACCCCUGUACCCGUUCGAUUCUAAUGUGAACCACGGGGAACCCAAAGUACUGCCUUAAGGCCCUAUCUCGCUUAACAUUUCUCCCCUUCUGGAUGACUGGAGGCUCAAGUGGUCAACCAUAUUUUCUCCCUCCAUCCUUCUGUUAUUGACUAACCACCGUCAAAAUAUUGACCGUCACAUCUGACUGGCACGCAGGAUGUUCAUUCGGCACGGGGAUUUCCUGUUCUUGCGGAAAAGUCCAAUGAAAGACAAAACGUUGACUAUAUGAGACUACAAUAAAGACUUCAUGCUUCUCAUCUGCGAACUACGGUCUUUUGACAGGGCGUUGUUCGUUAUAUGAUUCCCCCGGAGAAUACUGCUGACUAUAUACUACGUUUCGAACUUGGAACUUCGCGUCCGAUUGGGGACGCCUGCCGGCAAUGCUGUAAAGGGUCGUCGCCGCAGAGGGCUCGAUCAUGUUCUCUGUCAACCCGAAAAGGAGCUCGUCUAUAACUUUUCCUUUUAGAUUCCCCGUCGGAGUUGACACCACCGCCUUGAUUAUGACGAAGUAAACGUGGUUAAGUAAAAAGGGUAAGGAACCCAACGGAGUUCCGUGUCGGGGAAUGAACUACCGACGGGACGAUUUUUAUUAACCCGGACGUACUGACAGGCCGUGGACCGUGUUAAUUCGUAGCGUCAUCGACUUGAAACUCGGCUUAGCCGGUAGUGGCCAUAACCGGUUGGAGUGCAAACACAAGCGUGGCUCCGAUAAACGCAGCUUGACGUCUAAAGACCUUUUCCGGUAUGCAGUGGGCCGGAUUGUACUAUGCAAGUACGCUAGUACAUCGACUUCGUUCGGCCCUCUACAAGGUACUCAGUAUUUGGUCUCCUCAUUUCUGUCACGUUCAUGCCACCUUUUUGCUAUUUUCCCAUACGCUUGCAUUUCUUGUGUCUGCUGAAUUUCUUAUUCUAAAUUAUAUAUUGACAUCAGUGCCUUUUCAUUUCUGCAAAUAUCUCUAUUUUCUAAUUUGUGACCCUUCUUUCGUCUUUUCCACUUCUUCAGGCGUACGUCGCUUCUGAUCGGUCAAAGGCAGUACAAACUGGUGAGUAGUUGUUUACGCUCAAGCUCUCCCACUUUAAUUUCUACUCGCAAUCUUUCUGGCCACCAUUAGUCACAGGUUCUUUUAUGCCUCAAGCGUUCAGUAGACUGAAACGUGACUUUAGUUGUCACUGGUCUCUGGCCCUUAAGUCCGCUGUGGGUGAUAAAAGUUAUUCAACUAGAACGAGAAUUAUAAACGUGACAACUUUAUCAAUCACGGAGUGGCUUUGUUCUUGUGCCCUAUUUUAGUCAUCCGCGUGGAGCCUGGCAGAUUAAAUACCACUUUAGACGUGCAUGAAUUCUCGAACCCCUAGUAUCUCUUGUGCAUUCCUGCUUCCCACGUCCGACAAUAGUGGCCACAGAAACGACAACGCGGUGUUGUUCAAGAGUGUAUGCAGCCGGGAGAUUAUGGCUCUCUUCGUCUGUUGGUCACACCCCGCCCACACAGAGUCUGAUGUCGAUUUGUCGCGCCGUUCCGUUCGUGUAUUUACAGGGACAACUGGCGUAUGAAAAGCGGUAGAUAGCGUCGUAAUAUUCGCCUAGGGUCAUAAAUGCAAUAAGGUCCUAAGCGAUGGAGCCAAAGAGAGCCCAUAAUAGUUCAGCAUGCAACUGUUUAGGUUCUGCCAGCAAACACCCUUCAGGCAACUAGUUGUACGAGUCGGUUAAAUGGAUGGGUGCAAGUUUCCCAGUCUCUGCGCUGACCUGGAAACCAGUUAUGCAAAAAUUGGACGGACCAAGUCAUCAGUGAAUAGGGGGCCCUAGUUAGACCAGCACAAUUCCGCUUCAGACGACCUGAGAGAAACGUCAUCUGCUGAAAGGCAACCCGAACUGCCGAAGCCUGAUCUGACGGAUUACUGAAAUGACCAUAUAUAUACUACUAACGUGGUUUCAACAGACCAUUUUUGUGCCUGAAACUUAACCCAUAUGGAAGUUUUCACAGUCCGAAUGAGGUGAACAAAGUUUCUCGCAAUUAUUUCGGGAAUGCCAUACCCAUUUCGCAUUUAUGUUCCAUUAUUAGAUUUAUGAAUUCUCCUUACUAAAACUGCAAGCAAAAGUUUUGCAAUUUAACUAUCUUCCCUUACAUCUGUACCCUCCAAAUGGAGUUUUCAGAGCUUCUGUCGUUUACUCCAAAUAUACUGACUGAAACCUACCACGAGACCCUGUUGCUGGAAUCCAUGGCAUUUUACGCCGCGAAUACCCCCAACCUUGCAUUCAAACAGGCGCCCUAAUUUGUGCUUCCUUGCAACUCGUCAACCCUCAUGGUCAAAUAGAUGUUCACCUGACAGACCUGAUCUAAGACAGACCAACCGAGUAUAUCAUUUUUGCGUGGUCUUGGCGCGAGUACGCUGCAUUUCAUUUGUAUGAAGGGGUUUCUGUUUUUUCGCCUAGACUCCAGUAUGGAGGACCGUGCAAGUUCGAACCAACUCAAACCUCCAAGAGGCACCCGCCGCCUACAGUCAGCCGAUUUUCAGACUGACUAUCUGCAGAACUUAUCUACACCACCGGACACACCGCCAGGUAUACCUUGCAAUUUACAUUAUACCUUUCUGGAAACCGCUCCUAAACGCCUGACGAGUCUUUUUUCUUGGUAAAACAGCCAUGCCAACAAGCCGGAGAAGCGAAGUUGACGAAUUGCCACCGCUUCCUCCAUCUCCGCCUCGUGCAAGUAUUCUUGACUUGGGCAAUACCAGCCAGGCCUCUACUACCGGGACGGCUCGACGUCGGAUACCCUGGACGUUGUCAGAGUCCAUAAAACUGUGGCAUGGUGCUCAUGGAGUCGAUAGACCCUCAUGGGCUAACAUUUGGCAGAGGUACUUCCGAUCCUCCCGAAGGACCCCUGUAGACCUGAAGGAUCGUUGGAGAGUGAUUUCUCGAAAUGUGGAACUGCAGGAACACUUGCGUCGUGUGUACGAACAGUGGCUUGUUUCGGCAAACACCACUUCUGUGGAUACAGGACCCACCUGA